AUGACUUUCCAAGUCCCUUACGAUUCCAGCCCGCCUUCUACACCGGAUAAGGGAAAGUCACAAUGGAGCAACAUGUCGACGACCCCCGCCGGACUUCCUCCGUCAGAAGGAAACUCGUUCACGCCCCAAGGGCACCCGACAUCGAACCUCUUCAAUACCUCUCAGAUCGAGUCGCAUUCAACACAACAGGGCUUCGGGAACUCUCUUUUCACCAAGUCAGGAGGCUUCAACACCAAUGACAGCAUUUUCGGCUCCUCUUUUGGAUCUGAGUUUGGCAAUCCCAAAACAACAAGCGCGCCUGCCUCCAAACCCUUCGCCGCAUCACAGUCCCGCUUCGGCUCGACUAAUGUAAGCGCGUUCGGACAGUCCAUGAAUUUUGGCCAAUCCAAUGGCUUUGGGCAGUCAGAGAUGAGCGAAUACAAUGAGGAAUACGAAGAGGGCGAGGAGGAGAUGCAACCGGAGGAAGAGCUCGAGGAGGAGGAGGAUGCAGAGGAAAACAUGGAUAUGAGUGCUCGUGAACCCUCGAAUCGUCUCAGCUUCUUGGAUUCCAACUUUGGAAACCCGCUACCAGCUCAGUCCUCGGCGCUCGGCCAGCGCAAGCCGAUCUACACAAACCCUACUGAUGCCAAACGGCCGAAGCUCGACGAGCGCUGGGCGCAGCCGUCACCCGUUCGCAAAACCAAGCUCUCCCCGAAAAAGUCCUCAGCAAUGCCUUCUAUCCUGCACAACCUCGCUUCCCGAUCCCGCGCGGCUGCUGUUGACGAGCCGGCUGACAUGAUUAUCAACACGGAGGAUACCCUCGGCCGAAUGCACGACGAGCUAAGAGAUAUUGAAUACGGACAUCUCGAUCUUGAUCUCGUCCUGUCUUACACUGCGAACAAACUGGCAGCAACCUGGGAUAUUUGCGCGGAUCGCAGUGGGAUUAUCCGGCCAUACGGCUCUGGAUCCAGCAUUGGCCCCGAGAAACAGGCCCCGAAUUUGGUCAAGGCAAGCUUCUUGGCCUCGUUACUCUUACAAAUUCACCAUCCCGGCCGUGCCUCUAACCCAAUCGCCACCGCCUCCAAUCCUGCAGCUCGAACCGGGCAUAACAGUAUGGUCAAGGCCAUGCAAAGAUCUGUCGUGGCCACGCCAUUGCCUCAAAUUCUGCUCGACUGGUUGAACGGCAACCACGCAUCCCAAGCGAAAGACCUCCAAGCACUUCGCUACGUUGAGCCCAACCCGACCGCCUCAUCAAACUUCUGGGAUAUUAUCAACUCUGCAGUCCUUCGCGGCCGCUUUGCUGAGGCUGCGGAGAUUCUUCGCUCUGCCGAUUUCAACUACGCACGAUCAGCCCUCGAGGAUGGCCUGCCACAACCGGGUUACCGAGGCGUCCAACUGCAGAAUAUCCAGCGCUGCGUGAACAAAGCCCUUUCGCUCCUCGACUCUUGCCCCGGCUUCCAAGACGAUGAUUGGGAUAUUACCGGUCCUGAUUGGAACCAAUACCGCAAGCGAGUCCUUGCUGCGGUCAACGAUCUUGAGGACUUCGCCGAGGGCGAGGAGAGGGACCAGGCUCCCCCAGUGCAAGAGAAUCGUGGCUUCCAGGCCAUGAACUUUGGUUUGUCGAACUUUGGUCAGAAGCCAAUCUCCUUUAGCCAAUCCGCGCGCAUGGCAGAGAGUCGUGUCCCUUGGAGCAUCUAUCAAAGCCUGCGAUCCCUUUACCGUAUCAUUCUCGGUGACCCGGCCACUAUCAAGGCCCACUCUCAAGACUGGGUAGAGGCGACCGUUGGCUUGACUGCCUGGUGGGAUGGCGAGGAUGAUGAUGGUGGUGCACCCGGAGUCGACUUCCGUGCCAGCACUGCCAGCAAUGAUUUCCAGCGUUCGCGCGGAUCGAGGAGUCAUAUUCGUUCCGUGGAUCGAAACAUGCGCGAUGCCUAUCUCCGUCGUUUGGAUCUGGCAUUCAGCAGCGCCACCAACGAGCCAUCUGACAAUACUGGUUUCCGCGUGAACACCAUGAACAGCGUGGAGGUUGGUCUGGCCAAUGUGUUUGAGGGUAAUGUUCAGGGUGUUGUCGAGUUGAUGCAGUCGUGGUCACAGUGUGUUGCUUCUGCCGUUACAGAAGUGGCAUGUCUCGGCGGUUGGUUCACAUCGGCUGAAACCUCGAAGAAGAUGCCUGGCCUGAGUGACAAUGAUUUGAUGGUUCUAUCCUACGGACAGGACACCGGGCCGGCCACUCGCGAACUCAACAGAGUUGAUAUUAUGCGCAGCUACGCCUUUGGUCUGAAUGAUCGAGGGUCAAUCGAAAAUGAGACCGGAACUCGGGAAGGCUGGGAAAUGGCCUUGGAGGUGUUGAGCCGACUCGACGAUGCCAGCGCUACUAGAAAGGCCGUGUCGGAGAUUGUGGACAAGCUGCCUCUGGACAAUGUGGCCCAGAUGGAUAAGCUGGUCAUGCUGUGCUCGGAUCUGGGACUGGAAGAGACCGGACGCAAGAUUUCCGAGCGAUUCGGUGACUCGAAUGCUUCCAAGUCCGAUAGCUUCGGCCUGGCACUUAUCUGCUAUGCCCGGGCGCAUCACCGACGCAAGGUCAAGUCGGUCGUGGACUUGUUGAUCUCUUACAGUUUGGUCCAUUCCCGCGCAUACCCCGCGACGGCCGACCUGGACGCCAAUCUUCGCUCCCUGAUCAAAGACCCCAAGGCCUGUCUGACCUCCAUUGCAUCCGUUGACGAAGAAGCCGCCGCAAUUCUCCAAUUCUACCUCAGUGGCUACGCAACCCUGCGCCGGUACUACGAGAUCCGCGACGAGGCCCUGGACCUCCAGGACGGCCAACUCCCGCGCUUCAAGCCUCUUGCCCGACGUCGCGCCGCCGCCAAGGCCCUCGCAGCCGUCAUCAGCAGUGCCGCAGACAACAUCUAUGGCGGCCUAUUCGAUCCGAGCUGCGACUCCGCCGUGCAAGUAGACGGACUCCUGGCACUGCUCGGCGAAGCCUUGAUCUUCGUCAACCAACCAACCCCGAUCCUUACCGUAUCCCAACAAUUUACCAUCCUCUCCGCAGUCGAGGACCUGGAAACCGUGACACCACGUGUGUUCGCCCAAUGCGAAGAGUGUUUCCGCUCGACCCUGCUGGGCUACCACAACCCCCCUGAAGGCGCAUCGUUAUCGCCGAGCACGAUUCUCAAGAAAUCCAUUUCCAACCUCUCAGCCUCCACAUUCUCGGUGAUCGGAAACGAGAUGUUCUCCGGGCCCGGUUCAGCUGGUAGCUCAGGUGUCCUCGUCCCUCGACCCGGUGACAAAGACGCGGGUCGGGCACGUGGAUGGGACUGGCGUGCCGGACUGCCGGAGAGUACUCGGGGUGAGGAUGUGCUGCGGAUGUUGCGGUUGGGUCUGGCUAAGGGAUUGAGCUUUGGGUCAUCGGGGGCCGUUUAA